GCCAGACAGCCUAGCUCAACAUGGCUCAGUUCACUUACAGCAGACUGGCUCAUUUCCUCACAUUAUCUGUUAAUAAAUGUUCAGUUUUACGAACCGGGGCAGAAAUAAAACAUGGACCCGCCUGCUGUGUUCAUCUCAUCCGCUGCCAGAGGUCUGUGGACAGUAAGGCGUUACAGGAGAGACAGAAGCAGCAGAUGGCCAAAGGUCUCCCCAAACAGAAACCCAUCACAGGUGUUAAACAGGUCAUCGUUGUAGCGUCGGGGAAAGGCGGCGUCGGCAAAUCCACCACCGCAGUGAACUUGGCUCUGGGACUGAUGGCCAAUGAUCCAUCAAAGUCAGUCGGUCUGCUGGACGCCGACGUCUACGGUCCCUCGAUUCCAAAACUGAUGAACUUGAAGGGAAACCCAGAGCUCAAUGACCACAAUCUGAUGAUCCCUCUCACUAACUACGGCGUUCCUUGCAUGUCGAUGGGUUUCCUGGUGGAGGACGUUGCUCCCAUCGUGUGGCGAGGGCUGAUGGUGAUGUCAGCAAUAGAGAAACUGCUCAGACAGGUGGACUGGGGGUCGUUGGACUAUCUGGUAGUUGACAUGCCUCCAGGGACAGGAGACGUCCAGCUGUCAAUCAGCCAGAACAUCCCAGUAGCAGGUGCAGUAAUCGUGUCAACGCCGCAGGACAUCGCUCUGCUCGACGCUCGCAGAGGAGCGGAGAUGUUCAAGAAAGUUCACGUGCCGGUUCUCGGCAUGGUGCAGAACAUGAGCGUCUAGUGUCCCAACUGUAACCACCAGACUCACAUCUUCGGCUCCGACGGGACCAGAAAGCUGGCGGAGACUCUGGGAGUGGCGUUAUUAGGAGACGUUCCUCUGCAUCUAAACAUCAGAGAGACGUCAGACAGAGGACAGCCGGUGGUCGUCUCCUCUCCUGACAGCCCAGAGGCGGCGCUGGGUGUGGAGGCGGCGCUGGGUGUGGAGGCGGCGCUGGCUGUGGAGGCGGCGCUGGGUGUGGAGGCGGCGCUGGCUGUGGAGGCGGCGCUGGCUGUGGAGGCGGCGCUGGGUGUGGAGGCGGCGCUGGCUGUGGAGGCGGCGCUGGGUGUGGAGGCGGCGCUGGGUGUGGAGGCGGCGCUGGCUGUGGAGGCGGCGCUGGCUGUGGAGGCGGCGCUGGGUGUGGAGGCGGCGCUGGGUGUGGAGGCGGCGCUGGCUGUGGAGGCGGCGCUGGGUGUGGAGGCGGCGCUGGGUGUGGAGGCGGCGCUGGCUGUGGAGGCGGCGCUGGCUGUGGAGGCGGCGCUGGGUGUGGAGGCGGCGCUGGGUGCGGAGGCCGCGCCGGGUGAGGAGGCGGCGCCGGCUGUGGAGGCGGCGCCGGCGGCGCUGGCUGCGGAGGCGGCGCUGGCUGCGUGGUGUGGAGGCGGCGCUGUGGAGGCGGCGCUGGGUGUGGAGGCGGCGCUGGGUGCGGAGGCCGCGCCGGGUGAGGAGGCGGCGCCGGCUGUGGAGGCGGCGCCGGCGGCGCUGGCUGCGGAGGCGGCGCUGGCUGCGUGGUGUGGAGGCGGCGCUGGCUGCGUGGUGUGGAGGCGGCGCUGGGUGUGGAGGCGGCGCUGGAGGCGGCGCUGGGUGUGGAGGCGCCGCUGGCUGAGGAGGCGGCGCUGGCUGUGGAGGCGGCGCUGGCUGUGGAGGCGGCGCUGGGUGCGGAGGAGGCGCUGGGUGCAGUCUGCAGCAGCCCAAGCUUUUUAA